GAAGAGGUAUACUCCGCCACCUCCGAAAUCGAGCCCGUUGAAAGCAGCGAUUCCAUUGGUCAAGUCUUCGCCCAAUCUGAGCUCAGCUAAAGUGCCAGACGAGGAUCAUUUGAUGCAGUUUCUCAAUACUCCAACCACUGUUGAUAUUGAGGUGACCUCGAAUAAGGAGAAUGGAGGAAUCCUAGUAACCGAUAAGGAGUCAGAAGGCAGCUCAAAACAGACAAACAUUGACAUGAUUGGCACAGAUGCGCAGAUUUCGUCCUCCGAAAAGGAGUGCCAGUUGCUCAAGAACGAAGUGAGGAGUCUGAAUAAUGAGAUGUCGCUGCUGUUGCAUCGUACUAAGGCAGCUGAAAAAGGUGACAAACAUUUUCGAC